CGUCCGGAACGGUCGAAACACCAAAUACCAGAUGAUGAGAUGAGAGAUAUGUUAGCCUUUUCUUUCUCUCUCCCGUCUUCGCCGAUUGCCUCUCCCUUUCGCUUUCGUUUUCGCUUUCUCUCUCUUUCCUCUCAACAAAAUUAACUUUCCCCAGAAGUUUCAAGUGCCUAGUUGAAUAAAAGCACUACUCACAAUCAAAAUCCACAUACUCAGAUCAGUGGUUUUAGUUUAAAUACGACCUACUUGUAUGACGAGAAUCGAGUUGUCGUCUUUUUCUAUUCUUUUUGUGGUGGUUGUUGUUGGUAUUAACAGCAGCAGCCGCCGGCACCAGCAGCAUCAGCGAUGAAGGAUCGUCGGAGACGCGAGGUCGUUUCAUGGAGUAGAUUCUUUUGGUGUACUAUUUUCGUUGUUGUCUCCUGCGUUUUCCUUACCGGCUUAAGGUUAUCCUCCUUUCGCCUCUUAUUUGGAGAUAAAUAUCGCCCAGAAAUUGUUCCUGCAUGGAGGCCGCCGUCGCUGGCGGUUAUCUUGAGCGAUUCUCCGGUGAAUUCGGCGUUUUCAAUUCGAGAAACAGUUAUGCUACCAGACCAGGUUCUCAUUUUCCCAAAGUACCCUCGGUUAGGUCGCUUAUUUACCAAAGAGGACUUUGACUGCGUCUAUUUCUUGGCCAACGCAUCUUCAUCAGAGCCGCAGGUAAAGCAGCCACCGAAUCAUAUAGAUGGUGAUGAUCUUGAUGACCAGAUCGUACGGUGUCCUCUCAAUCCACGUGGCCUUACAGUUUCUCUAGCCUUAAAAUCGGACGGUGGAUAUAUCCAACCUAGGCCCACUCACCGGUGGGACUCACUCGUGUAUGAAGCUAUAAUCGACAGCGACAAUACCACAAUAGUUUUUGUCAAAGGGCUUAAUUUACGACCAGAUAAGCUGUACAACGCAUCAAAAUUCGAGUGCGUGUACGGCUGGGAUUUCAGGAGACCAAAAUUCUUAAUAGGAUCCGACGUCAUAUCCAUAGCCCAAGAGAUCGUACGAUGCCAAACGCCUUUAAGCAUCUUGAGCAAUCCACUAAAGGUGAACAAUUCUAUCAAAGUCUCUAUUAGGCUCAAAGGUAAAGGAACAUUACAUUCUGUAGCCCGACUCAGGCUGAAGCUUUCAUCCGGGUCCGACCCGAAAGCCCAAAAGCCCCAUGAGAUGUGCAUAUGUACCAUGUUACGCAAUCAAGCAAGGUUUUUUAAGGAAUGGGUGAUGUACCAUAGCAAAAUUGGAGUUCAACGUUGGUUCAUUUACGAUAACAAUAGUGAUGAUGAUAUUAAUAGUGUUAUAGAGUCAUUAGUGGGUUCAAAUUUUAACAUUUCAAGGCAUGUUUGGCCAUGGGUUAAGACCCAGGAGGCAGGGUUCGCACAUUGUGCGUUAAGGGCUCGAGGGUUGUGCGAAUGGGUGGGGUUUAUAGACGUAGACGAAUAUUUUUAUUUACCAACUGGAUUGGAUUUACACGAGGCGAUUAGAAAUCAGUCACAGUCUAGUAAUAGGAGUAACGUUGCUGAGUUACGUGUAUCAUGCCAUAGUUUUGGACCAUCAGGAUUAACACACGUGCCGAAGCAAGGAGUUACUGUAGGAUACACGUGUCGAAUGGUGAUAAGGGAGAGGCACAAGAGUAUAGUAAAACCUGAGGCAUUGAAUUCCACAUUGAUGAAUGUGGUGCAUCAUUUUCAUUUAAGGGAUGGGUUUAGUUAUGUGGAUGCUGAUAUGGGAGUUUUGGUUAUUAAUCACUAUAAGUAUCAAGUUUGGGAGGUUUUCAAGGAGAAGUUUUAUAGAAGGGUGGCCACUUAUGUAGCUGAUUGGCAGAAUGAGCAGAAUGUUGGGUCUAAGGAUCGAACGCCGGGCUUGGGAACUAGAGCUGUUGAGCCACCAGAUUGGCCUAAUAGGUUCUGUGAGGUGACAGAUACUGGGCUUAAAGAUCAAGUAUUGCAAAAGUUUAUGGACCCAGCCACAAACAUUUUGCCAUGGCAAGAGGAACAGGGAAAAAAUUCACUCCCAAAUAUGGUGAGCCAAGAACCGAAAAAGUAUCCACUGGACCGAACGCAAAAAGACCCAACAGAAAGUGACCAAAAUGUGGAGAGUUUGUUUAGUCCAAGAUUGAAAUCUUUGGCUGCCAUGGCUGGUUGGGACGAAGAGUCCAUUCUAAUUGCUAGCCUUAUUGUGGAAGAUACACCGGAUCGGGAGUUUAAGCACAAGAAACGCUCUGAUUUGCUUUUCAAGACUCCACCUUCCAACAGUUCAAGAAGAAAACGCAGGGCUCAAAGAAAGAGUCCCAUUUCAACUUCUAUCCCUGUGAUUAGGCUUGAUGAAGAAGAAUCUGAAAAACAAGAGAAUCAGAAAGAGAAUACAGAACCAAAAAUGAAAGUGAAAGAAGAAAGCAAAACAGAAGGAAAUGAAUUGAAUAAAGAGAAUUCUGGUGUUUCUUGCUCGAACAAAGUUCUUCCUUGCAUAGAUAAACUCAGAGAAGAGCUUUCCUGUGCAAUAUGUUUAGAGAUCUGCUUUGAGCCUAGUACCACUUCUUGUGGACACAGUUUCUGUAAGAAAUGCUUGCGAUCUGCUGCUGAUAAAUGUGGGAAGAAAUGUCCAAAAUGCAGACAGUUAAUAAGCAAUGGAAGAUCUUGCACUGUGAAUACAGUUCUUUGGAACACAAUUCAGCUUCUGUUUCCUCAUGAAAUUGAAGCAAGGAAAGCAUCUGGGGCCUUUAAUGCUCGAGAAGCAGAUCGCCAAACCCCAGAAACAAGAAUUAGUACUGAUGUAAGAAACCAACCAGUUCGCCCUUCAGCAGCAUCAAUAAGCAGGGAUGUAAGGAGAAAAAGGGUAAUAAGCCCCGAGGAGUAUUCUGCACUGUUUGAAAGAGAGCUGCGGUUAUUGGAAAGUGGGACACCGAGCCAAGAUGAGGAUGCUCACUUAGCCCAAAGAUUGCAAAGUGAAGGUCUAUCGAGGUUGUUGAGGAGAGAUGCAAGUGGAAGGAGAAGAGGAGGGAUGCCGAGCCAAGAUGAAGAUGCUGCAUUAGCUUUAAGGCUUCAAAGAGAAGAGUUCAUGGAAGCUUUUAGGGGAACAAACGAGCAAUCAGGAACCUCUCUUUCUUUAGCUAGAGCAAACUUGAGAGCAAUGGCUUCUAGAGCCAUUAACGUUCGUGUUAGAAGCCGGCCUAUGUAGCUCCAAUUACAAGCAUAUUUUGUGUCAAAAUUCAUUCUCAGAAGUUUUAUCCUAAUUUUGGAGAGAUUAAGAAACGAAAUUGUUAUUCA